UCCAUCAUCAAUGUAUCAACAGUUUCCACUGACCCAGACAAGCGUCAUAGCUUCUGCACCUUCCAGCCACACUCCCGUGAGGACGCUCUGAAAGAACGCCUCCUACUAGACUCCAUUGCUUGGCCUGAAACUCCACUUUUGCCAUCUCCUGUUUCCCUGGAGAAUACCAGUGAUCCAGCUCACAGCACCUUCACCAUUCUCCCAAGGAGGGGAGGAGGACAGUGGCAUGUAGGGGAUCAGCUGGAGGUCAUGAUAACAAUGUCUGACUUUCAGGACCGUUCCAAGGAGUAUGGGGGGGACUUCUUACUCGCCCGCUUGCACAACCUGAAGCUUGGUGCAGGUGUAGCUGGGCAAGUGGUGGAUCAUCUCAAUGGGAGUUACUCUGCUGUGUUCUCUUUACUCUGGGAAGGAGACGCGCAGGUUGAGGUGACGCUGGUUCAUCCUAGUGAGGCUAUCCCAGUGCUGAAAAGGCUGAACAAAGAACAUCCUGACAGAAUUUACUUCCACAGCCUGUUCCGCUCAGGCUCACUCUCUGAAACUGCUGUCUGUAACGUCUGCCUACGUCCAACCCACCAGCUGCUGUGCAACUACACUGACCCCCGUUCAGGCGAGCCUUGGUUCUGCUACAAGCCAAAGAACCUGAGCUGUGAUGCCAGGAUUGACCAUGCCGGGAGACAAAAAGGUGGAUUCAUCACAGCCAAUGAGGGGAAGCUAUUUCGAAGUGGUGUCAACUUAAAAGUCUACAUUCAAGCUUCAGGACCUGCCAAUGUCACUGUUUUGCCAAAAAAGACAGGUCAGCCAGAGGUGAAGAGUAGCAGUGUGCCAUCUAGACUCUCUGGCUAUUACUACCAGGGUGCAUGGCGAGCGCUAGAUGGCCCCACAGUUCACCAGUUCAACACCUCCUCCGCCAUCACAAAGUGUCUGAAAGGCAAGAUGAUCCACCUGUAUGGAGACUCCACCAUCAGACAGUGGUUUGAAUUCCUCAACGAAAAACUACCAGAUCUUAAGGAGUUUAACCUGCACAGCGCAAGGAAAUUUGGACCUUUCAUGGCCAUAGACAAUGCAAACAACAUCAUGGUGACAUUCCACUGCCACGGUCCUCCUAUAGUCAGUUUUACCACGACCCCAACUACCAAGCUUCAUUACAUUGCAAAUGAAAUAGAUGCCUUAACAGGAGGCACUGACACUAUCGUUGUUUUUGGCAUCUGGGCUCACUUCACCCCCUUCCCCAUGGAGGUGUACAUCCGGCGGCUGCGGGGCAUACGCAGGGCAGUGGUGCGGCUGCUGAUCAGGGCUCCAGGGACAGUGGUUAUCAUCCGGACAGGAAACCCCAGAGCUGCGACAUUUGAUCUUUCGCUAAUCUUCAGUGACUGGUACUCGUUGCAGCGUUAUAAGGUGCUCAGAGCCAUGUUUAAAGGAAUGGAUGUUCAUCUGAUCGAUGCCUGGUCUAUGGUCCUGGCCCACCACCUGCCACACAACAUCCACCCACCACCUCCCAUUAUUAAAAACAUGGUUGAUAUUCUGUUGUCCCAUGUGUGUCCUCAAAAAGGCAGCUAGGUGUGUGUUUGGUUGGGGGAAGGAGUGUAGAUUUAAGCAUACACUGAGUUUACAUAUUGUCUCUGUUUUUACUAAGUGCUACAGUCCAUGCACAAGCUAGACUAACUACACUGUUGGUAUGUUAUGUUAUAAUAACAAUGUUUAAAAAUGUAUUUACAGUCUUAAUGAUACAUGAUAUCUACCUAUAAUGCAACAGUCACAUAUUAAUUAUUUUUUCCCUCAAGACAUAUGAAUUUGUAUUACAGCUUCAAAAAACUAAAACAGAGUAUUUUAAUCAUAACAGUAAAACAAAAACAACAAGUGGCAGUCCCGGGUCUGCUCCCUUUCACAGCCAACAGAAGAGGGAGGCUCAGUUGCCCAAUGUCAAAGCAGCAUGCAACAGCAAGUGGUUUUCAAGCUUCACAAAGCUGACCAUAGUCACUUUAGCUGGGUGAAUGUUGUCUAAAGGAGUUUGACCAAUCACACAUGUUUGAUCAUUACAUCACAUGCAGCAUUUCAGUAAAUGCACAUUCAGAGUGCAGAUGGGAACAAAACUCAGUGGAUACAUGCAGGGCACAAUGCAGGAUGUGUUGAGGAUUGUUGUGGAGCUGAUUAAAGUUAGAGAGAGGACUAGGAUGUUUAAUUGCUAUAAACAUCAAGUUCUGUGUGGAUCAAAUAUUUAAUAAAUCUAUGUGUGAGUUA